AUGGGGCAUAGAAUUUGGAAACAUUUUACAAAACUUGGAAUAAUUGAAAAUUAUAAGCAACCACGUGCUAAAUGCAAUUAUUGUGGAAAUGAAUGCAAUGAUAAUGUUAUAAGAUGUGAAGGACAUUUAAAAAUAUGUGAAAUUAUAGAUUCUAAUAUUAAACAACAAUAUUUUAACUCAGUAUCUAAAAAUAUUCAAAUUAGUGUUCUUAACCAAAAUAUACAAAGUUUUGUUGAUAGAAUUUCACCAUCUGAGCAAAAUGAUAUUGAACUAGAAUUUGCUCAAGCUAUUUUUCAGUGUGGUUUACCUCUUUCCUUAUCAGCUUUAAAGCCUAUACAAGAAUUGUUUAAAAAAAUUAGACCAUCAUUUAAGUUACCAAGUAGAAAAAAACUCUCAACUACUUUAUUAGAACAGGUAUAUAAAGAUACUAAAACUGAUGUUGAUAACAUGAUUAAAGAAGCUGAAUAUAUUAGUAUUAUUAUAGCUGAACAUUGGACAAAUUAUCUUCUUGCAAUUCCAAAACCUGUUUUUGUUUUAGCUAAACCAACAGGUGAAGUUCAGCAAAAUAGUAUUAAUAUUGCAAAUGAAAUAGAAAAUAUUAUUAAAUCUCUUAAUAUAGAAAAAAUUUCAGCAGUUAUAACAGAUAAUGCUUUUGUUAUGAAAAAGUCUUGGAGUAUAUUAGCUAAAAAAUAUCCAACAAUUAUAUUUUUAGGAUGUUUAGCUCAUAGUAUUAAUUUACUCAUUGGUGAUAUAGUAAAAUUAGAUUGGGCACAAAAAAUAUUAUCAAAUGCAAUAUUAGUUAUAAAAUUUUUUAGACAACAUAUUAUUCCUGCAGCAAUUUUAAAAAGAUAUCAACAAACUAAAUAUGGUUUAAAAUAUAAAACACUUAAAUUUCCAGUUAAAACUAGAUGGGGUUCUGCAGCAAUAUGUUUAGAUUCUAUUAAAUCUAAUCAAUUAGCAAUUAGUUUAGCAGCAACUGAACUUAUUAAUCAUUCAACUACUACUAUAGACUUAGAGAUUAAAGAAAUUAUUCAAGAUAAUAGUUUUUGGGAUGAAGCUCAAAAUUUAUUAGCUAUUUUAAAAGUUUUAGCAAAUGGAAUAACUUUAUUUGAAAGUGAUACUUCAAAUUUAUCUCAAUUUUAUAAAUGGUAUGAAACUCUUAAAACAAAUGAAAAUCUACAUAAAAGUUUUGAUUAUGAAAAGAUUUAUGAUAUUAUUACAAAAAGAUGGAAUAUAAUUUAUGAUCCUGUAAUAGAAAUAGCAUAUUUAUUAGAUUCAAGAUUUCAAGGCAAAAGUUUAGCUAAUGAUAUUAUGACAACAGUAUCAGAUUUUAUUGAAAAAUAUUAUCCAAAAACUUGUACUAAGAUUUAUAGUCAAUUAUUAGAAUACUUAGCUUAUACUGGUCCAUUUAAUAAUAAUAUGGCUUGGGAAACAGUUAAUACAACUGAUCAAAUUACUUGGUGGACAGGAAAUUUUUUAUAUUCAGCUCCAGAACUUACUCAGUUUGCUAAAAGAAUUUUAAUGAUUCCAACAUCAUCAGCAGCAUCAGAACGUAAUUGGUCUGUUUUUUCAUAUAUUCAUUCAAAAAAUAGAAAUAGACUUAUAUCUUCAAAAGUAUUUAAAUUAGUUUAUAUUUAUAGCAAUUAUAGAUUGAAAAUUUCUCAAUAUAUUAAUGAAAAAAAAUUAGACAAUAUUAAAAAUAAUGAAUCAAAUUCAGAAGAUAGUUAUUGGGAAAAUUUUUUUAGCAAUAAUGAAGAUGAAUUAGAAUUAUUAGAUGAUGAAGAAUUAUUAGAUAAUGAAGAAUUAGAUUUUAUAGAUGAAGAAGAAUUUAAUAUUUUAGAUAAUAAUGAGUUAGAUUUUUUAAAUGAAAAUGAACUGGAUAUGGAAUUUGAAACAAAUAAUAUUCAAAAUUUUGAUACAAGUUUUGAACAAGAUAUUGAAGAAAAUUAA